AUGCCUGUGGAGACCCUCCAGCCUGGCCUGAGACAGCCGGUGGCAGUGAGGGCUGCUGCUGCUGGAACGCCCAACCGCCUUCUCAUGCCCAACCGCCGCCUCCUCCAACCAAGAACAUUGGAAGCAGCUGAGCCCAGGCAGAGUGCAGUGGAGAGACUGGCAGCAGACAAGGCUAAAUAUGUCAAGAACCAGGUGGCCCUCUUUAAGCAACAGCCAAUCAAAGUGCCUCUACCUAUCAUGCGCAAGCCUCUGAUGUCCCCUGCCCUGCGGCCCACCCGUAAGGCCCAACUGCCUCGCCCUGACUUCACCCAGCAAGGGAGUUCCCCACUGGACCUGAAGCACCUGAGUAACCUGAUCAACGGGGUGGGUGAGCCUGAAACUCCCCCUACCUCCCCAACCAUGGACCCAGUGGAGAGUAGUCAGGCCCCUGACUGCCCCACUACCAACUCUCCCUGUCCCUCUCCAAUCUCUGCUGGGGCUGGGUCAGGGGCUGCUGAGAGUAUCCAGACCCUCUGUCCUGAGUGGUCCACCCCAGUCAAAGUAAGGGUAAAUGCCUCUGGCCCACUAAGUCCUACAGGGUCUCCUACUGCAGUGACCAUACGUAGAGUGGACGUCAUACCCCAACCCCACCACACCACACCAGUGAGGACGCCCCUUAGAGCACAGCAGCAGAUGCGCGUCCCAUUGCAGCCCAUGGCUCUGCAUCCACACACCCAGAUCCACAACGCAAUGUCACCUCUGCGUCUCUUCCACCCCCGAACUACCUAUGCACCAGGCCCUGCGUCUCCUAAACCUGUCCCAGCCCCUCCACCACAAAACCACACCCCAAACCGCACCUCCCAGUCUAGCCCCGUCCAGCUCCCAGCCAACCCCCCCAUACUCCCGCCCUCCCCGUCGGUCACCUGCUUAUCGUCCGGUAGUUCCAGGAAACAUCCCUCUCUGAACCGCUCCAAAUCUGACAUGAGUGACCGUUACUCCCGGGCCAGUACUGAGCUGGAGCGCUUCUUCAACCUGUGUGGUUUGGACACUUCGGAGAUGCAGGUGCUGAAGGGGCCAGGCUCAGACAUCGCCUCCCUUGCACAGUUCCGCAGUGCCAGUGCUCCUGGGUCAGAGUGUGCAGGCCAGGAGGGUGAAGAGGAAGGUGGGGCUGCAGAGCCGGCACCCUAUGGCGUCUCAGUAAUUGAGAGGAACGCCAGAGUUAUCAAGUGGCUUUAUGGUAUCCGCACAUCCAAGGAUAGUGCCAGGAGCACCAACAUGUAG